UUAUUACAGAUCCUGACUGCAACAUGAUGGGCCGAAAAGCGUUGAAACGUGCGAUCAGUAUAUAGUGGCAUGAUACGUUAUGGCGUUAAAACGCGUUAAACCCAUACUAAGGCUGGAUGGAAAUAACAACGGGAAGUACAAUGGUGAGCAGCGAAACAAAAAAAGAAAAGAAAAAAAUCAUAAAGUCCGUGAUGCAUACAUUCGACAUUCGAUGGAUAAACACGAAAAACCGGAUAUAAUGAGCGAGGUAAAGAGGCACACAAUGGCCAAACCAUACUAAGUUGUGCAAGUUAUGGGGAAUCCGACAAAAUACAGUUUGGCAUGUAAAUAUUUCAAACAAUAUCGAGUGGCAACCGAAAGAACAAAUCUGAUAAGAACUUUACCUUAAAUGUUAAGUGAUUCAGAGAGCCGGACAGGGUUGAAAUCGUUUCGGAGUGCCUCAAUAGUGAAUUCAAUAAUUGACUCUGGUGGAUCAAUCAAUUUCCAUCCGUUGAACCCUAGUGUGGAAUUUGAGCUUGAAUCGUCGGAUACUCCUGGAAAAAGGAGUAUUUAUGAUUCCGGUCAUCUAACACACAUGGGAAGAGCAGCAUCUGCUAGGAGUUUAGUCGACACUAGGAGAGGAUUACAACAUAAAAGAUCGUUUUCCAAGAAAGUAAAAACACAGCUGGUUGAAGGAGUGCCAUCCUAUUUUCGAAAGAAUCAAGGGGGGCCGCAACAGAGAGCCCCCAUUAAUUCACCAUCCAGUAGUAAUAUGGAGUUUUUAAGAGGCGUUUAUGCGUUUAUGCAAGUGAGCAGAUCAUCGGCCAACAAUGUGAAAACCGAUUCUUCUAUUUUUCGACUUCAUACAAACGCAACCGUCAUCCUCCUUGUGACGUUUUCCAUUGCAGUGACCACACGGCAAUACGUUGGAAAUCCAAUAGACUGCGUACAUACACGUGAUAUACCGGAAGACGUUCUAAACACCUAUUGCUGGAUCCAUUCGACAUACACUGUUGUGGACGCGUUCAUGAAAAAACAAGGGCAAGAAGUACCAUUUCCCGGAGUCGAUAAUUCACAAAGAAGUGGAACGCUUACGAUAAGGCAUACCAAAUAUUAUCAAUGGGUAGCAUUCACAUUAUUUUUUCAG